CCGGGCCACUGUACAGGAGCUGAGGUUGUGUCUUCAGAACGAACAACAAGAGCUUCUUCACAAAGUGUCCGCUGAUCCGGAGGUCAAGAACAGCACUCCCAAAAGCCCUCUGCCGAGAGAGUGGAGCAGUCGCUGAAGAAGAUAGAACAGUUGGAGAGGAGGACGGUGUCCAUGGAGCAGGAGACCGAGAGGCUGAGGGAGGACAACCAGCACCUCCAGGAGGCCAACACAGCUCUAACCCAGGACAAGGAGCACCUCCAGGGCUCCCUGGCCCGCCUCCGCACCCAGGGGGCUGCUCGCGACGAGGCGGCCCAUGCCCAGGCACUCGCCCAGGGGGAGAGACACCGCACCGAGGCCAUGGCCCUGGAGACCCAGCUGGAGGGGGCCAGGAGGGAAGCCGGACGCACCCGGCAGCAGCUGCUACGGCUCAGGCAGGAGCUGGGCAUCCUGAGGGCGGCCCGGGACUUCAACAGGAGGCAGAGAGGACCUAAGGCUAACAUGCUAACAGGGCUGGCCGCAGCAGCCACAGAAGGAGGAGGAAUAAGUGGAGGGGCAUUAGCAAACAACAAGGUCAAAUUCAAAACAGGCAUGCGGCCCAGAGGCCCGGCGCGCCUGCACCGCCACCGAGCGGUUGGCCCCAAUCAAGCCAUCGGAGGAGGAGGCCGCAGCCCUGCUAGGGACGACUGGGAGGACAUAAGCGCGGACAGUGGAGAGGAGUACUCUGACAGCCUGGACAGUCACCCAAUCAAGUCACACAGGUACGCAGCCGCCUCAGAACAGCCAGCAGAAGAAUUCUCCAGAACGCAGCCCGAUGUUCCGAACCAAGGAUAUAAACAGAGGGAGCCGGGGGAGGAAGGAGGGAAGAGACGAAGUGAGAGACAGAGGAGGAAGGCCCAAAGGUGCGGCUGCUGUGCCUCCGCCUCACUGCGCGGGCGCGUUCUGGCGCUCCAGCGCCAUCUCGCCGUUCUACAGACCGCCCGGUGUGAUGCCCAGCGCUCCUCCCAGGAGCUGCGAGACGCCAACGAGAAGAUCACGUCGCAGCUCGCCCAGAGACUGAACGUCAGCAAGCAGUUAUCACAGAAGCUGACCUCUGACCUGGCGGGUGUAGAGCAGCAGAAGAAGGUGCUGGAGAUGGAGCUGGAGCAGUGGAGGCAGAUCCACGGGACCAACACCCCCCAGCAGCUCCCCUCUACCGCCCCCCAGUCCCUGGAGACCCCCAGCCCUCCUGUCCUUAAAGCCCUGGAGGCAGAGGUCAAACAUCUCCACACUAAACUGAAGAGCUCCAAGGCGGAGGUGACGAGCCACACGUCAGCUAACAAAGCCCUGCGAGCCCAGCUGCUGGAGAGAGAGGAGAAGCUCAGAGAACUGCAGGAGAAGGUGAUCCACACAGAGAGAGACGUGCACAUGAAGAGGCAGCUGGUGGAGGAUGUGAAGACCAGGAUGAAGUUCCUCCUGGAGACUGAGAAGACGCACAGAGGACUGGUGGAGGAGCUGGAGAAGAAAGUGAAGACCUUGACAGAGGAGGCCACUAACAGGAAGGCCUUUAUAGACUCUCUGAAGAGGAGGCUGAGUGUAGCCACUAAAGAGAAGAGUCAGUAUGAGACGACCUGUCAGGAUCUCAAGGAGGGCCUGGACAAGAAGGAGCAGUGUGUGGAGGCCCUGCAGGCCCGUGUGAGGGCCAGUGAGCGGGCCCAGGCUGAGCUGGAGCAGACAGCAUCCCGUCAGAUGGAGGGUCUGGCCCAGCAGAGCACCGUGGCCCUGGAGGCCCUGCACAGACGACUGGGCCUGGCCCACACACAGCUGGAGCAGCUACAAGCCUUCACUAAGGCUCUGGCAAGCGAAACUCUCCGCGAGGUGCAGGACGCCAAAUCGCAGCUGAGGAAGAACAGGAAGAUGGCGGAGAAGAAGAAGGCAGUAGGUGCCGGAGGGCUGUCCAAGCAGUCCAUGGUCAAGGCCCAGUCCAUUGCUGCGUCCAUCCUCAACAUGACCGAGAUGGACCUGGCUGAAAUGCUGGACACCGAUGAGGAGGAGGAUGAUGUGGCAGCAGACAGCAGGAGAGACCAGGAGUGGCUGGACCAGGUCAUGAAGAUCCUCCAACAACAGAUCCCCUCUGCUGCUCUCCUAAUGGAGGUGCUGUGUGUGAAGAUGAAGGAGAGGAAAGUGCUGACAGAAGCGCUGGCCGCGCUCACAACACCAGUCAGCGAAAUCGCCUGACUCCCACUCCGGGGCUGAGGGCUGCGGCUGGGAAAAACUGUCAUCCUCUCACUCUCCUCCUCCUCUUCUCUCUCCAUCCCUCCUUCGUGCCCAGGCCUUUCUUUCUCAGCGGGGGCUGAGUUGGCCAAGUCGACCUGAAGUUGCUCUCUGUGUGUGUGUGUGUGUGUGUGUGUGUGUGUGUGUGUGUGUGUGUGUGUGUGUGUGUGUGUGUGUGUGUGUGUGUGUGUGUGUGUGUGUGUGUGCGUGAGCGCGCACGUGUAUGAAGUUGCCUCCACGCCGCGCUUCCAGAACCAAUAUUUACGAGAAAAGCGCUGUCGACUCACUCCGAGCCACUCGCUCACGCAGCGGUCUAGUGCCGUGCCGGGGCCCAGCCUUUGUAAAUGAGCCCCCAACAUCUGCGUUAGUGGUUAGCGCGCUCCAUCUGCGAGACAGGGCCCUUUAGCGUCAGGCUAAUUUACAGUACAGAGACAAACGCUCUCUCUCUUUCUCUCCCUACUCCAAACGCCAUCCUGAGGUGAUGAUAACAUUAUGCUUACGUUUUUACUUCAAGUUAGACAUGAUUUGUUAUGUUUUUUUUAUUUUGAUAUUUUCAGUAAUUUAUUGUGGAUCUCAAGGACCCCCCAGGGUGCUCGGAGUGGGACCUGACCCAACAGUGCAGACUCAACGAAAGAAAAAGUAUCCUCUUAAAGUAAGAAGCAGACAUACUCUCUCUCCUCUUAGGAUAUACUGGACUCAAACCCGACACAUACAUUCCAUGUCCCAUUUGGACCGGUUGGAUUCCAUUGUUCCAUUCACGUUUCAGUGACCAAAUGCUCUCAACGUGAAUGAUAUCAUAAAAUAUACAUUUUGUGUGUUUUGUUUGUUAUGUCUAGGUAUAUUCUGAAAUGUAUUUUAUUUCAGGAUACUACUAGACAUUUGUGUGUUCACUUCAUACUGUAUUUUGAAAUAGGUAAUUAUGUUAUAUUGUUAAUUGAUUGAAACUGAAUUGAAAUAAAAGUGUGUUGCCAAUU